CUUCAAAGUCACGAUGUAUAAUCGACAAAUGAUGUGAUAGCACCAGUUUUGUGCUGCACUUUUGGGGUUGGUUAGUUCAAUUGGCUGAAUGGCUGGUUUUCAACACAGAAUGAUGCCACUACCAUGGGUUUAAUUCUUGCACCGGGUUGAGGUUACCAUGAAGGACUGUCCAUCCCAACCUUUCCCCACGCCUGAGACAUAGUGACCCUUAAGUCUAAACCACCACCUCUAAUGAGCGGGCUGCCAAAUGGUCCGGUAGGACUAUGGUGACUUUCACCCUGCACAACUGACAACAAAUCCCCCCCCCCCCAUUCCAAAUGCUUUGAAAUCACUGAGCACCGGACUUUGGACUGAUUUGAUCCCUGAUCUUAGGAAGUCAAACCACCAACUGAGGAAGUACACUACUUUAUUGAGGCGCCAUGAUUCCAGACUGACAUCCUUCAACAGGUGCAAUCCUUCUUUUCAAUAGAACGUCCUCUAAUUGACAUCAUGGAAUGAGAUCUAUACCUUUCAAGGAAUAUUCCGUCUUCCAAUGAAUCAGAAUGUCAAAAGUGAGGAGGAAGGUUACUGUUGAAAAUUCAAAGACCAUUUCUGAAAGCACGUCUCGUAGACCCAGUGUGUUUGAAAGGCUUGGGCCUAGCACAGGGUCAAGUGCUGAGACACAAUGCCGUAAUUGGAUGAAAACUGGCCUUUGUCCAUAUGGGAACACUUGUAGAUUUACGCAUGGAUCCUCACCCAGAGGUAAAGGAUAUAGUGCCACAUACAGAAGAUCUCCAGAAAGGCCAACUGGUGAUUUACGAGAGAGAAUGAAGAACAAAAGGCAAGAUGUAGAAUCUGAGCCACAGAAGAGAGCCCAGGAUGAGACUUCAUCUCCAACAAGGAGAGAUGCCUCCAGGAGCAGACACAGGGAAAAAGAAGAUGCUAAUCUCAAAAUUACAAAGGAGCGCACCCCAGAAAGUGAGGAAGAACCAGCUGAUUGGGAAGCAGGCAGGGAUGAUUCUGAUAAUGGAGAUAUUAACUAUGAUUAUGAUCAUGAACUGUCCCUUGAGCUGAAGCGGCAGAAAAUACAACGGGAGCUGAUGAAACUUGAACAGGAGAACAUGGAAAAAAGAGAGGAAAUAGUCAUCAAGAAGGAGAUUUCUCCCGAACCAGUGAGAAGUAAGCACUCUCCAUCUCCGAGAAAGACAAGCAAAUCUCCUAAGCGUAGAACAAGUCCCAAGUUAUCUUCAUCUGGUAAGAAGGAGAAAAAAGGAUCAAGGUUUUCAUCACCUGUAGGAGACCAACAAAGAAGAUCUUCAAAGGUGCAACAGGGUAAAAAGAAGGGACCUCGUACUCCAAGCCCACCACCUCCUAUUCACGAAGAGAUUCCUGUAACUAAAAAGCAUAAAGAGAAACUAAGGGCGAAGGAGAGAAUUGAAGAAAAAGCCCGUGAAAGUAGAGAAAAAGGAAGGGAUGUAGAAAAGCACAAAGAGAAAAAAGAAAAACACAGAUCGCCAUCUUCCCAGCGUCAACAUCAAACUCCCACGGUGUCUAGGCAGCACUCCCCAUCUUCACGGUCAGCUUCACCUGGAGCAAGACAGUCAACAUCACCACACCACAAACGAUCCUCUUCGCCAAGUUACCAUCCUGCUGUAACUCCCUCUCGAAGGCGUUCCCCAUCACCAUAUGCUCCCCGUUCCUCAUCUCCGCAGAGAAAACAGAGCCCAGUAAGACACAGGUCGUCUGGCCAAGAAAAAGGCAAAACUGAACAGGAAACCUCACCACUACAAGAGCGACGUCGUGAGAAAAGGGAAGAAAGCCGAGGAAAGCGGGAAAGAGAAAAGGAGAGCAAAGAUGGUCGUGACCAGCGGGACUAUGAACAUGAUCCGCCUACUCUUCAAGAAAGGGAUGAGCGAAUGCACAGGGAUGGCCGUGAUACCCGAAACAGUCGUGAUCGCAAAGAAGUGAAAGACAACAGUGAACGCAGAGAUUACAGAGAAUCACAUGAGACUCGUGAUACACGAGACUCCCGAGAUUACAGGGACAGCAAAGACUCUCGAGAUCUGAGAGAGCAGCGUUCUGGACGAGAUGCUCAUGACUAUAGAGAAAGCAGGGACUCCCAUCGGAAAGAUGAUCAGUGUCAUGAUGACCGAGACUAUGGUCGAAGUCAUAGCAAAGAUGAAAAUUCUCGUAGUGAGAGCCGGAAUGAUGCCAGAAACGAUGCUAGAAGUGACUCCAGGAAUGAAAGGGCAGCCAGGGGGAGAGGAAGAGGAUCUGACUUAUUGGAAAAGGGGAGCCGUGGAACUAGAAGCACUCAAUUUGAUGCACACAGCACAAGCAGCAGUUACCAUGAAAACUGGGAUACAAGAUCUGGAUACACAGAAAGAGAUCGAUAUGAUCGAGACCAAAGCAAGGAUGCUUCCUUUGAUAGGCGUGGUCAUGCAGAAAGGGAUAGGCGUGAAAAUAGAGAUCGCGAAAGAGACCACACAGCUAGUUCUGCCACACGACACCCAGCACGACCUGAUGAUCAUGACCAUGAGGACAAAAAGGAUGAGAGGAGAUCAGAUCGAGAAGAGAGGAGGGAUGACAGGCUAAGGGAAAGAGAGCGAGAAAGGGAUCGUGACAAAGAUCGAGAUAGAGACAGAGAGCGGGAAAAGGAAAGAGAGUUAGAUAGAGAGCGGGAACGAGAAAGAGCCCGUGAACGAGAUCGAGAGAAAGAGCGAGAGAAAGAACGGGAGCGAGACAGGGGUAAGGAAAGAGAGCGAGAACGGGAAAGGGACAGGGAGAGAGACAGAGAAAGGGACAGAGAGAAGGAGAGAGAGAGGCUUAAAGAUAGGGAUCGGGAAAGGGAGAAGCAAAAAGACUGGGAUGAGAAAGAUAAAGGAAGAGAUGAACGCAAAGAUAAAAAGGACGAUCAACGAGAAGACCGAGAAGGUCAUGGAGAAAGAAAAACAAGGAAACGGCCUCGAACAGAGAGCAGCCUCAGUCCAUUGGCAAAGCGUGUCCGUGAGGAAUCUCCGGAUAGUGAUACUUACAAUAGUAGUGAUGAGAAAAGUGAGAGCCACCGGUUGUUGAGCCAGGUUGUGCGCCCACAGGACUUCCGGGCCAUCAGUCCGUCCCGUUCGGUCGAAGACAGAACAAGCAGCUGGAAAGAGGAUGACAGGAAGUCGGACAAGAAGGAAGGUGCGAGGCGACGUGAUGACCACUCUAUAAGAGAACGGAUUUCUUCAGGGGAGAAGCAGAGGGAGCAUGUUACAGAUACUGUUGAGAGCUCACGAGGCAGAGAAUCAGACAACACGACUCACCAUGCUGCUGAGGAUAGAGAGGUACUUCUCGCAUUACACGAAUAUGGUAAGAAAAAGACUAAAGGGCCGCGGAAAUUUCAGAAGAGAAAUAGGAGGGAUGAAGAUUAUUUGUCUGACAAAUACAUACCGGAGCCGGUAGUGGAGGAAUCUUCGGUUUUAUCACCUCGAAAACCUCCAAAAAAGAAAAACGCCGAUAAGAAGCGAAAACGCUCGAAAGGUGAUUCAGAGCCUUCUGAUGAGGAAGUGGGUCAACAAGCCAAAAAGUGGAAAGGGCCCAGGACUCCACCUGUAACACUAAAGGAAGAAUCUGUAGAAGAGGUGUCUGAAAAGAGUGUUGAAGGAAAUGCACAUGGAACAGGGGAUGUGGUCUUCAGUGACUGGUCGGAUGAAGAUGUGCCGGAUCGUGACGAAAGUAUCAUUUCUGACAAGAGCAUUGAUGAAACUCGAAGGAAGAGUCACAGAAGUAAGGUAGAGAAGGUAGAGCUCCCUACCAUGGCAGACGACCGUGUACGUAAAACCGAUGAGCACAAACGAAGCAGCAGCCUUGGCAGUAACCGCAGCCGGACUUCAAGUCGGUUACGAUCGCCAUCCAAUGAAUCCACCCACCGCAGUGGCGAUGAUCAGAGUGCUGGAAGGAGGUUACAGCACGGAACAUCGAGAGAUGGGCAGAAGUAUAGAAGCAUUGAGUCCAGUGAACGGAAAUCCCGAAUCGAUCACCUCAGACGUGGGGAGCCCAGCCGCAGCACCUCCUCAGAUCGUCAAGAUUCAAGGAGUCACAGUUCUAGACGAAGCUCCCCUGAAUCUGAUCGACAAGGUCGCUCCCGCGCUGGAUCCUUUGAGAGUAGAGAAAAGCUUCAAGAGGGUGAACUUGACCGAGAUCGCGAAAGACGAGAGAGAAGGGAAUGGGAACGGGAUGGGGAACACCGAGACUGGGUUAAGACCAGGGACAGAAAUAGAGACCGGCGAAGAGAGGUCAACAAAGAGAGGGAGAAGCCAUCCAUAGAAGUAUCUGAUAAAGACAAGGAGCGAACUCUGGAGGCUGCUUCCACAUUGGAACAGCCCCGAGUUGAGCCAAGACCAGGAAGAGAAUCUGACAAACAAUUUGAGCAAGUUGAAACUGCAACUGUGUUAAGCAGUGAAAGAGAUGUGAAUGAGUUGGUGAAAGAGCCUGAGAAUGAUGAGAACCAAGCCGAUGAACCCAUUGAUGGCAUUGAAGGUGAGCAAGAUGGGAAAGUCGAUGAUGCGCAGUACUCGGUGUCAGGGUCUUGUGAGGAAUAUGAGCCAAUUAGUGAUGAUGAACUGGAUGAAAUACUGGCAGACGAUGCAGAAAAAAGAGAAGAGAACCAGGAUGAAGAAAAAAUAUCAGAUCCUAUGGAUGUGAUUGAUGUCGAUUGGUCGAGUCUGUUGCCCCAACAGCCUAAAGAGCAGAGGGAGCCCGGAGCUGCUCUGUUAAAGUUCACGCCCGGAGCAAUCCUGUUACGAGCUGGAAUAUCCAAGCGUUUGGCUGGUGCAGAAUUGUUCGCCAAGGUCAAUGAAACUUGUCGGGCUGCCAUGAACAACACCAAAGAUGCAGAAAACCUUUUUGAACAUGAGCUUGGAGCUCUCAACAUGGCUGCUAUACAGAGAAAAGAGGAGAGAGCGAGUUUGCUUAGUAACCUGGGACCCUGCUGUAAAGCACUUUGUUCUCGGAGGGAUCUUGCCAUUCGCAAACAGCUAUUAAGAAAUGAAAGAGGUAUAAUAAAGCAGAUGUACGCAAAUCAACCAGUCGUGGAUAAUGACCUUCUGAGAUCAAGCCUUCGGUUGUUCAAACGCAAGGCACUAUGUCGUGGUUCUGGACAGGAAAAAAGUGAUGAGACCAAGAUUUCUCGACCAAAGGUUAAACAAGAAGUUUGUGUUACAUAAAGUUUUAGCCGCAUCAUGGAUUGAGUUUGAUUUUGAUGAAUCUGUAUAUAAAGAAUUGGACCCCAUACCUGAACAAUUGGAAGGAUACUGUGUGCUUAUUGACAAGCCUGACUCAGGACUGUAUUGGUCAGACUUUAAAGUUCUAGCUUUCAAGAGUAUUUGUUUUAGAAGUUCUGAUCGCCUUGUCAGAUACUGUUCUAUGUACUGGACAAGUGAAUGUUUCAUUUUUGCAGUACAGUUUUGAAGUCUUUAAUAAAACCUUGUCAACUUUGUGCUUUUUUUUUGUUUAAAUGUGUUUUUUUUGUUUAAAGGCGUAUUCAAAAGGAGGUGAUUCGUAGGAAUUAAAUCCAAUCACAAUUUAGUAUCUUA